AUGGGAGCUUUUCUCAAGGGCUAUAGUGCAGAGAAGAAAUACACGCCGGCGGCCUCGAGAAUGCCGUCUCGGUCCCCUGUCUUGUCGGCAGCGUCCUCGCUCGUCGCCUCGCUCGACGUAUCCGAGGCGACGAAGCAGCUCCGCAAAGAGAAGACGACGAUAGUGCAAUGCGCACGUGGCGCGCUCUACUACCUGCGCGACAUCAAAGACAGCGAGGCGGUCUGCGAGCCGCUAGACGGUGGCGAUGAAAGCACUCACACUCUGGCAAGCCUCUGGCAAGUGACAGGCUACGACAGCGAUGAGGAUGGGCUCGCGAGAGAUCCACGGGUGACGAAUAUAAAGCGCCAGCGCACGUCGGCGGGCUCAUCAUGCUCCGCUCUCAUACUCCAACCGUCGUCUGCGCUGACUGCAGCAAUCGAUAAGGAGCCCACUGCUGCCGAGCGGAUGCUGCGCAAGGCGUUUCCGCUGGUGUCGCCGCACGGCACGGCCCAUCUCGAGAAAGCGCUGCGCGAACUCGAGAAGUACGAGCUGGUCUGCCAGGGCGACGACUAUGCCGACCCGGAGUGCCUCGCGACCAACUCCGAGGCGUUGCAGUACGCGCGCGCAAACGCCGUCGUCAAAGGCCUGACGUGGUCGAUCAGCGCGUCCCUCGCGUCGCGCGGGCGGGGGCGCACCCUCGAGCGGCUCAAGGCCGAGCCGUUCCUGGGCGAGUCCAAUGCGCGGAAGGUGCUCGACAUCGUCGAGACCGGCACAUGCGGGCGGACCCUCUCUCGCUUCCAGCGCGGUGAAGCGCCCCUGGACAGCAGCGGCAGCCGCCGCGUGCAUGCGCACAGGAGCGAGCUUGGAGCCACGAGGCGCAUGACCGGCGCCCCGGCAAAGCUGGAGCUCGCCUCCGUGCUCUGCCUCAGCGCCAUCCGUGCCGGGGAGCUCGUGGACGAUACGCGCGACCCGAUCCGAUCCAUCGCCGAGCUGCGCGCGCGCCCCGACAGGCUCGCCAGCCUCGGCGGCGGGGUCCGACUGCAGCACUCGCUGGCGGUGCACGAGGACUUGCAGGAGCCCGUGCCCGCCGACGACGCCAUCGCGAUGCUGAGGACGGUGCAGGAGGCCGUGCGCGCGCUCAGCAUACCGCACGCGAACGGCUGGCACGCCGAGUUUGUGGGCGGCGGCCGCACGCGCGGGUUUGCAGGGCACGACGUCGACCUCCUCCUAAGCCACGCGGAGGAGAUGGCGAGCUUCCUGGACGGCAACGGGCAGCCCGUCUUCGUGAUCAACCUGCUGCUCGAGGAGCUGGUGCGGCGGGGGCGCGUGCUGCCCAAGACGGAGGCGUACCACAACAAGAAGACGGCGAGGUAUCGCCACGAGACGCCGCGGCCGUACCUGAGUGACCUCCACAUGGCCAAUGAGACGAGCAAGGGCUACGAGAACCUGCACCACGACCACCACGACAAGUUCUUUGGCAUCUGGCGCAGCGCGCGCACGAGCAAGCUGCACCGGAUCGACAUCGUCGUCUGCUCGCACCCGGAGGAGCUCCCGUUCGCGCGGCUCGGCUGGACGGGCACGCGUACGCUCAACCGGAUGAUGCGGCUGCGCGCCAUCGAGCUUGGCCUCUACCUGGGAGCGCACUCCAUCACCGCACGCGGUAGCCAGACGCCAGGGUCGACCACCACGCAGGUGGUCGUCGAGGCGCGGCCUGGGCGGACGCCCGUGACGGUCACGCUGCAGAAGCUGGAGCCCCUGCCAUUCGAGUACGUGCGCUCGGAAGAGGCGAUCCUCCGCGUGCUGGCGUGUGGCACCGACGAUUUCAUCAACCUCGUGGAGCCGACGAACCGCAACGCGUGA